AUUUAUAUUUCUCAGUUUUCUUUUUGAGCUAGGGUUUUAAGACGGUGUUUCUUUUUCUAUAAAAAGAGGACUUUUAUGCGUGAAAGUAACAAACAAAGUAUCUAAGAAAUUCGUCUUGCUCAAAGUAACAAAAAUCCACGAAAGCGUUUUUGGUCAGCUAUGCCUAUGUGGAAUCAAAAGCCGUGUUUUAGGUUUGAGAUAGAUAACUUCUCGGAGAAGAAAGAUACGAUAGCGUCUCAGGCAUUCGUGAGUGGCGGAUGCGAAUGGUUCAUCUACCUCUAUUCGGAGGGUGACCACAUGUCUUUGUUCCUAUACGUUGCAAAUCGUACAUCAUUGGGAAGUGGAUGGAAACGGAGUGCUAACUUUUACUUCUCUGUUCUGAAUCAAUCUGAAAAAGAGCUCUACAGAUCACCUGUUGGACAAGAACCCUAUUUGUUUCGCGUUGAGGGUCCAGGCUGGGGUUUCCGAAAGAUCUUGCCUCUUAGCAAGUUUGAGGAAAAAGGGUUUUUGGAGAAGGACAGACUCAUCAUUGAAGUCUACAUCAAAGUUGUUGAAGCUGUGGACGGAGAAGGCGGAGGCGUAUCAAAGAAGAAAGAGACUGUGGAUAUUAUCAAUUCCGAGGAUUAUGCUUCUCAGGUUACUUUAAUGAGAAAGAUAUUCGCAGAGCACCCAGAAAUUGCAGAAGAGUUCAAACCAAAGAACCAAGUGUUCAAGAAAGAAUACAUGAAUAUCCUAAGAAACGCUUACAGCAAGGUUAGUGAGCUAGCGGAAGUAAAGAUGGACUGGGUGAAGUCAAAGAUUGGUGAAGUUUCCUUGGAGAGAAAGAAAGGAUAUCAUGAGACUAGUGAAGUUCCCUUGGAUAAUAAGAUAGCAGAUGAAGAUGAUGAUGAUGAUGAUGAUGAUGAUGAUGAUGAUGAUGAUGAUGAUGAUGAUGAAUCUUGGGCCCAAGACCUCGAGGAACGCCUCAAGAAUCUCGAGGGGAUGGAAUUUGACUUCAAGAUGGACUGUUUGAAGUCAAAACUUGAUGAAAUUUCCUUAGAGAGGAAGAUAUCAUAUGAUGCUGAUCGGUCUCGGUUCCAGCAACUCGAGGAACGAGUCAAGGAUCUUGAGCUGAUGGAAAAUGGCUUGAGGCUGGACAGUUUGAAGUCAAAGCUUGAGGAAGUUUCAAUGAAGAAGAAGAACACAGAUGCUGAUUGGUCUCGGGUCCAGCAACUCGAGGAACGUAUCAAGGAUCAUGAGCUGAUGGAAAGUGGCUUGAGGCUGGACAACUUGAAGUCAAAGCUUGAGGAAGUUUCUUUGGAGAAGAAGAAGACUGCAGAUGCUGAUGGGUCUCAGGUCCAAGAACUAGAGGAUAGAGUGAAGAAUCUUGAGCUAAUGGUGUCAGAUCUCAAAGUUGAACUGGACAACGAGAAGGCCAAAUCUUCUGCUGAUGGAUUUUUGUUGGUUGCUUGAUGGAGAGAUCAAGUUUUAUUAGUUCGUUUCCUUUUUAAUUAUUUUUUUGCUUUUAUUUUGUUGAU